CCCGCCCCCGGCGCGGCGCUCCGGGCGCUAUAAGAGGGCGGCGGCCGCGGCGGCGGGCCCUGCGCGGAGCCGGGCGCGCGAUGGUCAGCCGCCGCGGGCGGCAAGAUGCUGGAUGGGCCCCUGCUGGCGCGCUGGCUGGCCGCGGCCUUCGCGCUGACGCUGCUGCUCGCCGCGCUGCGCCCCUCGGCCGCCUACUUCGGGCUGACCGGCAGUGAGCCCCUGACCGUCCUCCCACUGAGCCCAGAGCCCGCGGCGGCCGCGCAGGCCCACUACAAGGCGUGCGACCGGCUGAAGCUGGAGCGGAAGCAGCGGCGCAUGUGCCGGCGGGACCCCGGCGUGGCGGAGACGCUGGUGGAGGCUGUGAGCAUGAGCGCACUCGAGUGCCAGUACCAGUUCCGCUUCGAGCGCUGGAACUGCAGCCUGGAGGGCCGCUACCGGGCCAACCUGCUCAAGCGAGGCUUCAAGGAGACGGCCUUUCUCUACGCCAUCUCCUCGGCCGGCCUGACGCACGCGCUGGCCAAGGCCUGCAGCGCCGGCCGCAUGGAGCGCUGCACGUGUGACGAGGCGCCCGACCUGGAGAACCGGGAGGCCUGGCAGUGGGGCGGCUGCGGGGACAACCUCAAGUACAGCAGCAAGUUCGUCAAGGAGUUCCUGGGCCGGCGCUCGAGCAAGGACCUGCGUGCCCGGGUGGAUUUCCACAACAACCUCGUCAUCAAGGCAGGGGUGGAGACCACGUGCAAGUGCCACGGCGUGUCGGGCUCCUGCACCGUGCGGACCUGCUGGCGGCAGCUGGCACCCUUCCAUGAGGUGGGCAAGCGGCUGAAGCACAAGUACGAGACGGCACUCAAGGUGGGCAGCACCACCAACGAGGCCACCGGGGAGGCGGGGGCCCUCCCCCCGCCCCGGGGCCGGCCGGCGGGCCCGGGCGGCGGCGACCCCCUGCCCCGCACGCCGGAGCUCGUGCACCUGGACGACUCACCCAGCUUCUGCCUGGCCGGCCGCUUCUCCCCGGGCACGGCCGGCCGUCGGUGCCACCGCGAGAAGAACUGCGAGAGCAUCUGCUGCGGACGUGGGUACAACACGCAGAGCCGGGUGGUGACGCGGCCCUGCCAGUGCCAGGUGCGCUGGUGCUGCUACGUGGAGUGCAGGCAGUGCACGCAGCGCGAGGAGGUGUACACCUGCAAGGGCUGAGGCCGG